GGCAGCAAGCUUCUAACUUGGCCCCAGAGUUGGCUCGGUCUUUCUGAUCGUGACGUGUAUCACGGAGGAGUCCCUCGUAUUGUACGGGUUGCUAAUAUGAAGUUAGCCAGUCUUGUUUCCGGUGAUAUCAAGUGAAUCGCAGAAGAGAAAUUAACAAGCUGCCUUUGUCCAGUGCUUCGGAAGCAAUAAUGCCUCUCAUGGUCGGCGGGGGACAUGGGCGGGCUGAUAGACAUGUAAAAUUCGUCCUUUUUCCGAUAGCCGCCGUGUUGUUGUUGUCGGUCGGAGUUGCCUCUAUUCAAGAGGAGCAGAAACCAGUCCAAGAGCAGCCCCCACAAGAGAAAGCCACAAGUCCCCAUCCAGUGGGCCCAGUAGUGUCUGAAGAUGAUUCCACCAAGGGGAACCUGGGUUUCCUUCAUGCCUUCGUUGCCUCUAUCUCUGUCAUCAUCGUCUCAGAGUUGGGAGAUAAGACAUUUUUUAUUGCAGCCAUUAUGGCCAUGCGUUACAACCGUCUCACCGUGCUGGCGGGCGCUAUGCUGGCCUUGGGACUCAUGACUUGUCUUUCUGUGCUGUUUGGCUACGCUACCACCAUCAUCCCUAGAAUCUACACAUACUAUGUGUCUACUGCUUUGUUUGCCAUCUUUGGUGUGCGCAUGCUGAGAGAGGGGCUGAAAAUGAGUCCAGAUGAAGGCCAGGAGGAGCUGGAGGAGGUGCAGGCAGAGAUCAAGAAGAAGGACGAAGAGCUUCAGCGGUCCAAGCUGGCCAAUGGGACUCCAGAUGUGGAGGCUGGAUCAGGGACUACCCUGCCUCAGGGAAAGUGGCACAGCUUCAUCUCACCCAUCUUCAUCCAAGCCCUCACCCUCACCUUCCUCGCAGAGUGGGGGGACCGCUCGCAGCUGACCACAAUUAUUCUGGCUGCACGGGAGGAUCCAUUUGGUGUUGCAGUGGGUGGUACACUUGGACACUGUUUGUGUACAGGUCUGGCUGUGAUAGGUGGGAGAAUGAUCGCCCAGAAAAUAUCCGUCAGAACAGUUACAAUCAUCGGCGGGAUUGUUUUUCUGGCGUUUGCCUUCUCUGCCCUGUUCAUCAAGCCAGAAUCUGGAUUUUAAUUGGAUGAAAGACUUUCAGGUUCACUCUGUACAUAUGUGUAAAAUUUGGUUCAGUUGCUGUAGUGAGACUUUAGUUUUGACUCUGUAUGUGUCCAACAGAACGUGUGAAAAGUUAAACGGAGAGCCAAAGUCCCGUCCACCUUCCCUAGAAAGCCUCUGUUCCACUGCAGUCGGCAGCUCGAAGGGGUUUCUCAUAGAGGUUGAAAUUAGCAUUAAAAAACAUUUCCGAGAGUCUUAACCUGAGGCACACACUAAAACCUCAUGGGAGGUGUAGUUAUGGAAUGCUAACAAAAUAUUCAGAGUUGUAUCUUUAUAAAACACAGAGAUUAACUCCACAUUUAGCUUAGGACAGAAAGCGCUGGGAACCUUUCAGAAAGUCUGAGGUAAAACCCUCAGAUGUUAGUGGAACGGAGGCAGGCUGGGAGAGAAGGCAGUACUGUGGCUUUCUAUAAGCGCUGUAUUCUCAUCACAAGGUGUUUGAGAGAAGACUGGAAUGUUACUGAUCGCUGCCCUCCGACCCAUCUUUUAGAGGUUCUGUGGCUCGGAAACAGAACCUGCCAUGCAGUACUUUCCUCACACUCAGCCAUCUCAGAGUCCAUUUCCAAAUCUUUCCCUUGCCUUUUUAUUUUUAAAUGUUGAAUGAUUGAUUUUUUUUUUUUUUUUUUUUGGGGUCUAUUAUAUUAUAUUAUAUUAUAUUAUGACAUGAGCCCAGGCUGCUCAGUUGUUUAUUCUGCCUUCCUCACUAAUAAUGUUGCUUUCCCUACCGUGAGGGAAAACUAAAAACAGAAACCAACAGCACAUACUUACGAAACUGCUUUUGCGAUCUGAUUGAAGUUGAGAUUUUAUUUGAGAUAGAUGCCUAAAUAAAAUAUUUCCCUUAGUUAUUCCCCCAUUUGAUUGCAGAUACAUGGGAGCAGUUUUUCUUUUAAAGAGACGGAGACGGGAACCACUAGAAUACCUCUGCGUCCAGGUGUCGCCAUACCUGACAUACCUGCAUUAGGUACAGUGCCCAGAGAGCUACACCGCAGCUUAUCCAUAGCUUAUGUGCACCUCUGGAAAAUGCUAAUCACAUAUUGGAGAUAUCAAUCAGGGCUCUUCAUAUUGACUCCUACCGGUUUCAGGUGCUGACAGUUAACAAACCAUGGAUCAGGUUGAGAACAGGCCAGUAGUCAGCUUCACAGGUCAACUCUUCCUCUGUGAUUAAAGCCAUUUCCAGUAUGAACCUUGCAGCCUCCUUUGUUACUGCCCCGAAAUCACAAAGUCAGUGUGACAGAAUGUAAUCAUGACUACAUCAGGUACGGAAUAAGUGACAGUUGACACCAUGUUAUCUCCUACAAAAAAAUGAUGGGAUAAGUCACCUCCAUUGCCAUAAGCAGCUGUUUUGUAGCUAUAGUGACACCUCAACCGGCAAUGCAAUUUAAGCCUACAUUUAUCCCUUUAUUUAAAAUGGUGUGUAUUUAUUUAGCUUCAUUUUCCUUCCUUUUUAGCAUAUGUGCUGUAGACACAGGAAAGGGUUGGGGAGAGGUCACUAGAAACGAGGAAUGGAACUAUUUUUUUAAGAGAACAGGCUAAAGCUGCGUUGUCAAUAUUUGACAGGCUGUGCCCAGCUGUGAAAUACUUCUGUUUGUGAUACAGGUUGGUUGAAAUGACUAUAAAUCUGAAUUGCUCAAUCAAAAUGUUUCUUGUGUUGUU